UCAAUUUACCUACUACCAUGGCUUUUAAGAUAAAUUGAUUCGAUAUUAUGAUAUUCGCAUCUAUCGCUUACGCGAUUCCUGACUUGGUGCUUAAUUGGGAAAAUUAUAUGAGCUGUAGUUUUCCCAUGAACACAUGGCUGUGAGUGUCAUAUUCCCUUACUGUAAGCAUCCGUGUGCUACACUAUAUUGGGCAAUUUUUAAGUGAAAGCAAUUCUUUUAUCUACAAUCAAGAUUUGGCUAGUCCUCAGGCCAGGACUAAUAUAAGUUUCAACUGGAAGAACGCAAGAAUUCUGAAGGCAAUCAGCUUUAUUACAGUAAUUAUACUAUUCCCAAUAUUUAUAAUCUGGACUUGUACAGGAAUUAUCUGGUUCUCUGUGAGCUACCAGGAGACGCCAAGUUGCUUUGUGAGUUUUCAAGAAUACUCCUUCAUCCUGUUCUGGAUUAUUCUGACCUUCUUAUGGGUUCUGUAUGCAAUCAUGCUCUUUGCUACCUACUUGGUUACCGCCAGCAAGACAAAGGCUCUGCAGAAGAACAUCAUCACUUUGCUAAGGAAGAUUGAUUUUGAAGACAAUGAGUUAUUGGAAAACUCCCGUGCUAACAUUAUGAAUGAGAACUCCAAAAGAAACGAGAUGAUCCAGAUCCUUAAUGAAUAUGGGAUUUACUUCAUGAAUUAUGGACUCACUGAUAAUGAAAUUGUGAGGUUCAAGACAAUUCCCUAUAGUAGCCCUAGCCAUCUUGACACUCGAUGCGUCAUAUGUAUCAAUGACUUCUUGGUGGGUGAAAGGGUUAGAGUGUAUCCAGGCUGCAACCAUGUCUUUCACCUCAAAUGUUCUCAGCUGUGGCUAGAGAUUGAGGGAACUUGACCGGUUUGUAAAAAUACACCGAAGGAUUUACCUCCUCCACCUGAUAAUAUGUAUCAGUCAUUAAACCCUCUGAAUGACAGAGUUGUGUCUGAAGAGAAUAUAUUUAGAGGCGUCAGCAGUCAGGCGUUAGGAAACGCACCUCAAAUGAUGAGGAUUCCCCAGCCAAGCCAGGGGGUUCAGAGCCUGAAUAUCAACCAGUUUGACAGAGUAAACCUGAGGGAACCUUUAUUAAGAGGCUAAUUUUGUUAUUUGCUGUCAAGUAUGUUCAAACUCAA